AUGCGCUUUAUUUCCUCGAUAGUGCGCCGCCUCCGAAGCAACCGAUUCUCUAGGAGACUAUCACGUUCAAAACCAUGCGAGGAAGACUCCAACGACCUGAUCAAUCAAACCUCGGAAACAGUCUCCUUCGCACAAGGAGACACAGAUAGUAUCGACUCCGCCUCUAGCACAAUUGUACGGCAUUCGAUCGACGAACCAGCUCAGUCCACAGAAACAAAGACGGAUGAGAACAAGCUACAGAGCAUGGGAAGCAUCAGUAUCCAGACCUUAUUUGAUGAGAGACUGUCCUCGAAUUUCGGGAGUGAUAAAGUCGUGCAGGCGCUUUCGAUGCCAGAAUACCCUGUUAUUAGGCUAGAUGCCACACCAGAGCCGCCUGACCAUCCAACGAAAUCCCUACAGGAGCCGAUGGAGCCACUUCAAGAGGAGGGGUCUGGUCGAAAAGCAAGAGCUGCAUCUGAACUAUCGUUGGAACAGAAAAGGCAAAAGGCAUCUACGCUGAGAAAAGGACCGAAGUCACACCAGAGAAGAUCCAUGGCUUCUGCGAUUAAGACAGCUUUGCACUCUUCAUCGUCGCCGAGUAAAUUAGGUUCUUAUACUAUUGCGGAGGGGGAGAGUUGGGUGGAUGAUGAAAAUCCUGACAAGAGGCAGCGUGAGGAGCGGCAAGUGGGAAGGAGGUGGUCGGGUUUUGGGGUUUGGGAAGCUGAGGCUGUUGGGAGACUAUGGUGGUAA